AUGAACCCUUCCAAGGACAGUGCCAACAAUUACUGGGAUCUUGACGCUAUGUUGGCUCAAGAAAUUCAAGAACUUAACAGAGAUUCACCGGAAGAUAGGCGUGUGAAAGAAGCAGUGAUCGUGUCUAAACCAGAUCCCAAUAGAAUCAGUCCUAAUGAUGACGAUGACUCGGACGAAGAAAGGCCAACUCAUAAGAACUAUUAUUAUUAUAGCGAUGAUGACGACUAUGAAGAUGACUUGGCCAUUCGUGACCCUGAGCUGUUCAAGAUAACUGAAAGUAACCGUCAGAUAAAACUAGACGAGAACGAUACGGAAAAACACACGAAUUCCAAGCUGAUCCGUCGCCCACAAGAACUCGUAUUUUCUGAACCACCUUUGCUUGUAUCAAGGGAUGAUUAUAUUGGAGUGACCUUUCAUUACGGUCUAUCUGAAGAUAAGAAGGCAACCAGGCAACCAAAGAGGUACAUGAUCAUGUGCGACUUUGGUGAAGAGAGUAUGUAUGCUUUAAAGUGGGGUAUAGGCACGCUUCUGCGAAGUGGUGACGAAGUGCAUGUUGCCAGUGUAGUUGCCACUGACGAGGAAGUAGAGAGUAUGAGCAAUGAAGAAAAGUAUAGACUGUGGACAGAGCUUGAUCAUAAUUCUAAAAGAAUGAUUUCUCGUGUAAGAACAGUGAUGGAUGAAAUGUUGCUUUACAAUAUAAAGAUCGUUGUUCAUUCCUUGGCUGCUCAAAAGAUUAGAGAAGCAUUAUUAGAUUUGAUUUGUUCAUCGCCAAGUAUAACAAUGGUCGUAUGUGGUUCUAGAGACCGUGGAUCGCUUAAAGGAAUAUUGAUGGGAAGUGUAUCUACUUUUCUUGUGCAUAACUCUCCCGUUCCUGUCUCUGUUGUUCGCCCUUUGAAGAAAACAAAAAAAGCCAAGAGUAAACAAACAGCUGCACAAAAGCUGAGUCAGAGUGUAAAGAAUGGUCAACUAAAGGUGGAUGAAAUGGAAGGAGCUGCGCUUAGUAUUAAUAGCUAUGAUGGUACAAUAUCUUAA